AUGCGAGAGCCAACAAGGAUGAUGGUGUGCGAGGCGAUGGUACUUUCCAAGAGGGUCAAAUGGAAAAGGGUUGAGUGUGAGGGAGAGGAGAUGAAUCAAGUUUUGAGGUGCGAACGAAUCGGAUCGCAACGGCUCCCAAAUGAAAGAUUCGGAAGGUCAGAAGCCGUCCGAGUUGCGGAGAGGUCACAGCGGCUCGGGUCGCAGGCACGUCGCGGUGGCGCCAAGUUGCAGUCACAGCCAUCUGCGGAGGCGGUCCAGAAGAAGAAGGAGAUCGCCAAGGCCUGCCCCACUCGCACUACCGGCAGCAUGUCGGACCAUAGAGUAUGUCUUCGGGAAGCAAACGAGCCACACCCAAGUCUAGCAUCAGCAUACAUACGGAGCGCAGCAAGCGAAUGCGGUUGUGCGGCUCCGGUGUGGUGGCGGCCUGCUGUACAGUGGACCGAGGAUCUGCAGACAGUUGGCUUACCGGACCGUGGCUGCAAAUGCAAGGCCGGCACCGGACGAGCCGUCGAUGGGAAUUUUUCGGCUUUUCGGGUCCCCAACGUGUUACGGUGGCUGAUCUGGAUCGCCGCCGAGCGGCAGCAGCGGCAGCAGGCAGCAGGCAGCAGCAAGAGGGACCCGACGAAAUGCGGGAAGCCCGCUCGCGUUGCUAGGACAGUGGCGCGAAGCGUGAAUCAACGGCGUUGCUCUUCCGAGCAGGCGUUCGACUCGGGUUGA